AUGGACACCGUCUUCCAGCGCCUCUUGAGGUUCAUAGACCAGGACGGCAACACACGGUAUGGCGAGGCAGGCUCGAUCACAGACCCGGCCGAACUCGUCGGCGCAUGUAUUCAAAUCUUCGAGGGGAGCGAACCGUGGGAUUCGGGUUUUCGAGCAAGUAGCACGCACAAGGUGGUCAAGGAGGUAAAGUAA